AUGUCUAAUGAACAUUUCCAAUCACUUGAAGUUUUAAGCGCACGGAUCUUGGGCUACGAAACAAACAUACCAUGGGAGUUUGACCCUACAUCGCCAGCACGGAGUUUGGCUCCAUUGUACCUAGUAUAUGGACCUCUGCUAUACUUGAUCAAACUAUUGGGACUUAGUUUAACCCCACUUCAGAUAUGGUACUUGCUCAGGUUACAAAUGUGCAUCAUUAGUUGGGUCGUAACUGAUUUGUGUCUCUAUUGGAUGCUUCCGUCAAAACAUGAACGUAUCAAGGCCAUUUACUUUACACUGACAUCAUACAUUACUUUUGUGUACCAAAACCAUUUGUUUUCAAACAGUGUAGAAACAAUAUUGCUCUUACUUGCCGUUUAUAUCAUUGAUGAUUUGAGAUAUAUCGAAGAAUCCAAGAUUAAUGUCAAAAAGAGUAAAACUUUAUUUAGUUUUGGUAUCUUGAUAUCAAUUGGUGUGUUCAACAGAGUAACUUUCCCGGCAUUCUUGAUCUUGCCAAGUUGGUAUUUACUCAAAUAUUUUCAAAAUUACUAUAAACUGAUCAUAUGGUUUUUACUAGGUGUAGGGCUACUGACAAUACUACUUGUUGUAACAGACACCAUCCUUUACAAGUCUGACACUUUUGUUGUUGCACCUAUAAACAACUUGUUGUAUAAUGCACAAAUUUCAAAUUUGUCCAAGCAUGGCAUCCACCCAUUUUACACACAUGUAUUGGUGAAUUUACCCCAGUUACUAGGACCAGCAGGAUUAUUGUUCUUGGUGUCGAAACAAUACUCACGGACUACCCAAUUUUUGACCAUUAUUAGCGGAUUAAUUUUCUUAUCCGUUGUACCGCACCAGGAAGCGAGAUUUCUUAUCCCACUUGUUCCACUAUUAUGUUGCUGCUUCGACUUGAACCAGAAAUGGAUUGGGUCAUGGACUCUUUACUUGUGGUACUUGUUCAAUGUUGCAAUGUGCAUAUUAAUGGGCGUGUACCACCAAGGCGGUGUUGUCCCUGCCUUGGAUUACAUGAGACAACUGGAAUUGCACGGAACACAGGUUUGGUGGCACACCUAUUCUCCUCCCUCAUGGAUACUUGGCUCUAAUUCGACUCAUACAAUAUUGCUUAAAGACAAGAAAAUUGAUUACAAAACAAAUUAUACAAUAAUAGAUGCUAUGGGUGCAAAUCUGACAGUUAUCAUGCAAACUAUUCAACAUCUCGAAAAACCUGUAUAUCUCAUUACCCCUGAGGCAUCAUUCAAUCAGCAUUUUUUCAAUACCUCCGCACAAUUUGAAAAUAUUUGGAGUUACAAACACCACAUUGAUCUUGACCAUAUUGACUGGUCUAAUUUGCAAGUAGGAUUAGGGAUCUAUCAAUUGAUUUAG